CGCGAUUUUGAGCUUUGUGGGGCUCACUUCCCGGCUCUGUGGCUGAGAUUUCCCCGCUUGGAUGCCUCCAGCCCUCCGGGAAAAUGUGUCCCGCUCCUUAACUCCUGGUUGCCGGGGGUUCGGCGAAGAAGUGCGCCAUAGGGGAAUUCAAGAGCUCGAGGCAGAAAGCUUCAAUCGACACCGUAAGAAAGCACCCGCAAAGCCAAAUCGAGCAAUAUGUCCGACGACGGGAGUGAAGCAGAAGGUGAAGCCGCCCCCACCAUCGGCACCUACACCGGCACCCGCGACGCCACGGGCCAGCGCUCCGGCAGCGACUGCUCCAAUAUCUUCCCCAACGGCGACGUCUACAAAGGCGGCUACGUGUCUGGCGUGCGUGGAGAGACGGGGACGUACACUUGGAAGAAGCCGUUGGCGGUGUACUCGGGCGGGUAUAAGGAUGGGAAGAGGGAUGGGGAGGGGAAGUUUGUGUAUCCGGAUGCCUCGGUUUAUGUUGGACACUUUGCUAAUGGCAAACGACAUGGUGAAGGUCGAUACACAUACGUCAAUGGAGACACAUACUCAGGGCAUUGGAAGGAUGAUGUGCGGCAUGGAAAGGGGGUGUACACGGUAGCUUCAUCCGGGAGCAAGCUGGAAGGCACAUGGAGCAAUGGCAUUCUCAAUGGCCAAUCCAAGAUCAUCCAUCAAGACCACGUAGUGAAGACAAACUUUGCGGAUGGGCAGCCCGGUCUGCCGGCCAGCAUCACGUUCACAUCUACCGCGUAUACGAUGCAACUUGGGGAGCGGGACAAGGUGUUUUUGGGACGGGGUACGGCUGUGGCGGCUGGAGGGGAUGGGGAGUAAUAUGAGAGAUGUUUCAGGGUGGUUGAAUGUAUGGAAAUAUAUGGAGAGACAUGCGGUCAGAUUUCAUGUCCCAACUGGGUAUAGAAAAUUUCUUGUCAAACACCAUGAGCAUGUACGGAAUAAGGCAUUCACCGGCUUUGAAGUGCGGCCGGCCGCUGCCUACCAAACUACAAAAGCGUCCGCUGAGUGAUGUGAGAUACGCCAUGAAU